AUGGCCCUAGCACAGAGGCUCUCUCGCCGGGGACAGUCCAUCCUAGACACCUGCAAGGUGGGAAACAAGACCGACGACGGCCAGCACGAGGAGUCCGGGCAGUUUGGGCGAUGGUCGAACAGAGAUCUUGAUCCCUCGCCUCCGGCCCAGCGGACGUGGUCGGCCUUGUCGUUUUUUGCUUUCCAGUUCAGCAUCGCGUUCUCGCCUACGACAUAUAACGCCGGCGCGAGUUUCGGUAUCUACGGAUCUCUCGUGUUUGUCUUCAUCCGCGGAGUCGUGGCAAUCUUAUACAUGAGCAUCCAGACCCUUUACGCCAGUAAUUUCGUAGCCGUAAUGCUACGCUGCAUGUUCGGACAUAAAUGGACAGACAUUCCCAACCAUCUCCCGGCAAACGCAGGCAUCACAUCUGCUAAUCUGCUGGCAUUUGGCAUCUUGUGGAUAAUCCAAUUCCCGUUUGCGUUCAUUCAUCCGAGCAAAAUGACACUUGUGUUCAAAAUCAAGUCUGUCAUUGCUCCGAUUGGCUUGAUAGUCACCAUGAUCUGGGCUCUUGCGUCCAGCCACGGAGCCGACUUCAACGGUCUCAGCACAAAAACCGCAACGGGGGCAGCCUUGGGCUGGUCGUUUAUGAAAGCCAUCAACACGAUUGUCUCCAACGUCAUCCCUCCACUGGUCAACAUCUCUGACCUGGCUCGAUACGUCAACAAGCCCAGGGAUACCCUGCCCAUGCCCAUUGGCCUGGUGGUGAGCAAGCCACUAGUCGUGAUCAUCGGCAUGGUCGUUACUGCGGCGGGUUAUAAACAGUUUGGCGAGGCAUAUUGGAAUCUGUGGGACUUUUACUCGAGUAUUCUGGAUAACUACUGGACCCCCGGGGCCAGAACGCUGGUUUUUCUCGGGGCUGGGAUUCAGGCAUUUGCAACAUUCGCCACAAACUUUUCUAGCAAUUCGAUCCCCGUAGGCUGCGACCUGACAGGCCUGUUCCCACGGUAUUUCACCAUCGUUCGCGGCCAGGUACUCUGCUUCAUCCUGGCCUGGGUGUGCGUUCCCUGGAAACUGACAUACUCUGCAUCCUCCUUUAUUACAUUCCUGGGCUCAUAUCUGUGCUUCAUCUGCCCAAUUGUCUCCUGCAUGAUCGUCGAUUACUGGCUCAUCCGCAAAGGCAACGUUCACGUCCCAUCACUCUACAAAGCCCAACCGGGGGCCAUAUACUAUUACACCGCGGGCUUCAACCUCCGCGCCUUCGCCGCCUGGGCCAUUUCCAUCGCCCUCGUCAUUCCCGGUGUCUCUGGUGCCCUGAACCCAGGCUCCAUCGGCAUCGCUGCCGUGCGGAUGUACAACAUGGGCUUCUUGCUUUCCACCAUAGUCGCGGGUCUGAUAUACUACGUCUCCUGUCGCAUAUGGCCGGUGCCCAUAUAUCCACCCGAGUUGGCUAAGGAUGAUUAUUCGUGGGAGGCGAUGCGGUAUACGGAGGGAUUCUUCCCUGAGGAUGAGGUUAUCCCUGAGUAUCUGCGUGAGAAGGUGCUUGAUGGGAUGCAGAUUCAUACUUUUGUUGAUGUGAAGGAGACGGCGUCUUCUCAGGCUGGGGAUGAGAAGACGAGUGUCUAG